AUGCCCUCCACUGUAACAUCGCUGCACCCGGACCUACCCUCGCCCUGCCUGCCCGCCGUCUUUGGACGCUUCGUCCCUAAGUACGGCGACCUGGGCAUCUGGGCGCCAGAAGGCAUAGAUGCGCUGCGCGUCUGGCAGCUGCGGUGCCCCCGCGGGCGGCCUUUUGUCUGCGUGGUAGCCGAGCUCGCCGAAAAGAAGAACCGCAGCUGUCUCGAGGGGGUCAUCAAGGAUCUGGCUGAAUUAGUCGUUACGCCACUGAUGCUCAAUGCAGCUUCGCUGGGCGAGUGCAGAGACGAGGCUUGGAUGACGUUCAAGUAUCGCAUGCUACCCUCACUGCUGCUAAAGCCGCGCGGAUACGAAAAGAGGGCAAAGAGAGAAAUGAGAACCGACUACGCCCGCAACACCAACCCCGAGCUCAGUACGAUGCCCCUCUCCGACAUGAGCAUCCUGGUCAAGCCUGACCUGUCGGGCAUCGCGUGCGUGAUGGAGUGGCGGGUCUCACCCCUGCCCUUCGGGGCGAGCCUCGCCGCGGUCCAGUGUCUGCUGGGCACCAACUUGGGGAAUGACGACUGGCUAUACUAUCCCUCGGACCCCUUCGAGCUCUCGCGGCUCCUCAUUCAUUCCGUUCACUACCUCCUCUGCAGAGAGACGAAUACGGUGCUGAAAGCCACGGGCCGGAGGAGGUUACUGGUUGCCAUGCGAUUUGGCUACGCGUUCGAUUUUGGCCCAAAAGUGGCCAGUGACCCCCGACGGUUCCGAACAUCGCAUCUAAGUCGAGUCAUGUGUGCGUUUGAGGAGCUGUAG